AUUAAAAACUAUGUGAAAAAAUGUAGUCCGUGCAAUCAGCCAUUAUUUUACAUCGGCAUCGUUAUUAUUGAUUUCUCUGUUAUAUAUAUGAACGUAUUUAUUACUAUAAAUACACCGUUUGUAAUUAAUCACCCGUAUGAAUUUCAAGUGGAAAAACAUAACUGGUUUAUGCAAACACAUAACAUUGGGAAAAGUGGUUAUUCGCCACAACCGUUUUGCUCCGACAACAUAUUUGCAUUUGCGACCCUUUCACCUCGAUUAUACUUUAUCGUAUUUUUAGUUCAACUUCAAGGUCAAGUAGUUUUGACAAGUUUAUUAUUAUUAUAAAAUUAGUUUGUAUCAGUUAAAUCCUUCAUUUGCAAAAAAAUACUUUGAAAAGAAAGAAAGCAAGACUGCGAUAAUGAGACCAGCCACUUUCUUCGCCAUUUUUUGUGUGAGUCUUGUCGCCACGUUGGCGAUACCGGUCUCAAAUCAAAAUGGAAUUGCGAAUAGUCCAGCUUCCAUUGCAUUAUCGGAUAAAGAAAAUGGGGUGAAACCCCUUCAGCUAAUUCAAGUUACCACCAUCAUGCAAGAUCCCUUGUCGAAUAAGAUCCAAGAAAGGUUGGGAAUGACUGCAGGUCAAUUUUUGACCGUUAUCGACAAUACCAUGUUGCAGGUGCAGGAAUUGAUAAACGUGGGAAUGAUGCAACUUCAUCAGGUCCACAGCCGAGUUGACCUCAACACGCAGCGACGGAUUCAAGAAAUUGUGCAAAAAGCUCUUGAAGAUUCGCUCAAAUUCAUGCAACCAGUUUUACGUGAUUUGAGUAUCGUUUUGCCGAACAUUACUGGUCGGAUUACUAUCAUGAACGUUGCUGAUUUAAUCAAUGCACUUCUUAACAUAACAUUUGAAGAUUUCUUACAAUCCAUCAGGACCGUGCUUAGUGACUCGUCGGCAAUUUUAACCGCCACGAUUAAUGAAUUGAACUCCAUUGCCCUAACUCAGACUCAGGCUGUGGCUGAUGAGCUAAGAUCGAUAUCCAACGCUUAUCUGGUUCGAUCCAGAGAUCUUAUUCGACCAGUGUACACCAACCUGGAGGAAGUUUUGGGUCCAGCUUCUACUCCAAGCAUGAUGGCAUUUGUCAUGUCUGGAUCCCUGGGGUUUGACGUGGUGACUACCGCACAGCACUUGGACAUGGCUUUAGUAGAUGUGGAAAGUAUUUUGACAGACUUUGUGACGCAAAUUAACCUUAGCUUGGGAAUGGCCAAUCCUAACAUCAGAAACAAGGUUAAUUUAAUCCUCAAAAGAGCAAUUCGGGAUGUUGAAGCCAUAAUUGAUCCAAUUCUGAAAGUGUUUUUGCAUUUCAUGCCACUUUCAUCCGAAACGAAAAAGGACCAAAGUUUGUACAGGGACCUUUCUUCCUCCCUUCUCGGUGUAAGCCUCGAAGAUUUCCUCUUUUAUAUCGACUUUGCCAUACCAAAGGUCAGAGAAAUAUACACCGCUGCAGUCUCUGAAAUCCGCACCGAAUAUGCCGAAACUAACCCUCUACUCGUCUUACACAUAAAUCUACUCAUGGACAUCACAAUGGGGAAAGUGGAACGGUCUGUGCAACCCUUUGUGGCAACGAUAUCGCCGAUUCUCGGUGAGAAGCGGUGGGUCACUGUUGAAGAAUUUGUAGAAAUUACAAACCAACGCAGUAACACUCGACAAAAUGUGUUUUGCAAUUUCUCAAUGCGAACUGGUUACAAUAUGCAACUUAUUAUUCAUCUUAUUUCGAAAAUCCUCGGGUUCGACGUUGUAAUAGCGGCUCAAGAAAUGUCGACCGCUUUGAAUGAAUUGGAUUACGUUUACAAACAAGCUGCCAAACAGAUCAACGGUUUGAUAUCUGACCUUCACCCGUUCAUUGGUGCUGAAGUGAAUCGAAUCCUUAAUGUUUCACUGACUACGACGCACAAUACUAUGCAGCCUGCAAUUGAUGUGUUUGCACCCUUCGUUCCAGCCCCAGGUCGACCUGACAAAGAUGUUGUUCGAGAAAUAAUUGCCAUUCUUGAAGGAUUAAAAUACGACAAGUUCAGAAACUACGCUCAGUCAGCCCCAGAAAAGAUGGCGGUCAUCGCCAAGUCGACCAUGUCAAACGUUCAUCAAAUCAUCGAAGCUGGCCGAAUGACGAAGAAUGGCAGGCCCGAACAAGCCCCAUCACCUUCCGACCCUUUGGUCAUGGUUGAUAAAAUCAUGAACCGAACUGCAUCAGCUACUCAGCAGAUUGCAAGGCCAUUCUACGAAAUAAUUGCUCCCAUUUUCGAGCCUUAAAAAGUGUUCGAGAAAGCAAAAUUUACAUUUGUAUUGGAUUUAUCGGACGACAUGGACGACAAAAUUUACAUAUAUAUGAUUUCAACAAAUUUGCAUUUCAUUCAUAUUAUUGUACAAAAAAAUCACCUUGUAAAUAUAUUUAGUUCGACAUCGCAAUAAACGCAUUCCACACAGUUCAAUUG